GAUUUUCCAGAAAAUAAUUUCAGACAAACCGAGCAGAGCAAAGCAACCAACAACAAGUAGUAGUUUGUAUAUAUUUCCCCCAAUUUGUUUCUCUCGGGACCUCCGCCACUCCAUCUCUCUCUCUCACUCUCUCUCUCUCCCUCUCUCUCUCCCUCUCUCUUUCUCUCCAUCAUCAUAAUCGGUGUUUGAAUUUGCUACAUUGUAAGUGUGAUUUUUUUGUUGUCAUAGUAAGUGAGUAGAAAUUUAGAGUAUGGACAUUGCGUGUUGUUUGCGGCAGCCAAAUGUGAAUUUAAUUGGCGCUACUGCUGAAGGUACUAGCUAUAGAAUAUUGGAAAGGUUCAACAAGCGUUCUCAACUUAGUUGCAAAGUUCUUGGCCAUGCCAGGUUGUUUUUGGAAGAUAGGCCGAGAAAGAAGUUGAAGAAUUUUGGUUACUGUAGUAAGGGCAAAUAUUAUAGUCGUUCAAGUUAUCACAGCUCACUAAAAUGUUCGAAAUUAGGUUUUAGAUAUUGCCUUGAGAUAUCGAGAGGAGGGGCUCAAUUGUGGAGGUGUCAAGGAAAUGAUUCGGUUGCUUUUAUUGAUGACAAUGGUCAGAUUGAAUCCGCUGAUAGUGGUGACCAGGAGAGUACAGUAUUGGAAUCAGAUGGAUGUUUAGAGGAAAAUCGUGCAGUCCAUGCAGAAGAGGCAUCUGACAUUCCUAGUUUAGAGGAAUUACAGGCAGUGUUACAAAAGGCUUGUAAGGAGCUGGAGGUUGCACGGGUUAAUAGUACUAUGUUUGAGGAGAAAGCACAUAGAAUAUCAGAAGCGGCGAUAGCAUUAAAAGAUGAGGCCGAGAAUGCUUGGAGUGAUGUUAAUUCUAGAGUGAGUUCUCUUGAAGAGAUUGAAAAUGAAGAGAGUAAUGCAAAACAAGCUGUUCACGAAGCGAUGACAGCCCUUUCUUUAGCUGAUGCGAGGCUUCAGGUUGCAAGCGAUUUGCUCGAGGUCGCAAAACAAAGGAGUGAUUUUGUGGAAUUAGAAUCAAAUUCUUUGAGAAAAGAGGAAGAGGCCAUCUCGGCUGCUCUAAACGAUAUUAGAGCUUGUGAAGCUACAUUGUUAGACUGCGAGACAGAGCUGAAGCAAGUUCAGAUCAGAAAAGAUAUAUUGCAAAAGGAAUUGGACAGACUAAAGUGGGUUGCAGAAAAAGCGGAUAGUGAUGCUCUGAAAGCCGAGGAAGAUGUUGCUAAUAUAAUGCUUCUGGCUGAACAAGCUGUAGCUUUAGAAGUCGAGGCUACACAACGUGUCAAUGAUGCUGAGAUUGCUCUACAGAGGGCUGAGAAAAGUUCUCCUGCAUUACUUUUAGAUGACUCAGAAAGUAUACCUCAAAAUGGAUUAUUGUUGCACGAACAGGAUCCGAGUGAAGAGGUAUUCUCUGAGGAGAAGGAAAAUUAUGAACAUUUGGUUGAUAAUAUCGUUGUUAAAAGCAAAGAUGUAAAGCAUGAGACCACUUCUUCGAUUAGCGAUGUGUUAUCAGAUAACCAGUUUAACAUUGGCAGCCAAAAUUUAAAAGAAUCCAGUGACCAAGAAAAUGGGAAAUUAAGUACUACAAUGUUACCAAAAGAGGCUGAAAUAGAAGCAGAGAAGUCUAAGAACACGGUCCAAACAAAAAAAGUGGAGACACAGAAGGAUUUUGCAAAAGAUAGCUCACCACUUAGUGCUCCCAAGGCAUUACUAAAGAAAUCGUCUCGCUUCUUUUCUGCAUCUUUCUUUUCUUUCGAUGUAGAUGGGACAGAGUUUACACCAGCUUCACUUUUGCAUGGACUUGUUAAAUCAGGAAAAAUGCAAUUGCCUAAGCUGGUACUCGGUUUGCUUCUUGCUGGAGCAGGGGUUGCAUAUUAUGCUAAUCGCUCUGAGAGGUUAAAUAAAUUAUUUCAACAGCCAUACAUCAUCAGUACUAGUAUUGAUGAAAUUACAUUGAAGGCAGAGCCUGUAGUCCGCCAAAUCAGGAAAUUACCCAAGAAAAUGAAGAAGUUACUGGAUAAGCUUCCUCAUCAAGAGAUAAAUGAGGAAGAAGCUUCCCUCUUUGACAUGUUGUGGCUACUGCUUGCAAGUGUUAUAUUUGUUCCUUUAUUCCAGAAAAUACCAGGAGGCAGCCCUGUUCUUGGUUAUCUGACUGCCGGUAUUUUGAUCGGACCUUAUGGGCUGUCUAUUAUUCGUCAUGUUCAUGGAACAAAGGCAAUAGCUGAAUUCGGUGUUGUCUUCUUGAUGUUUAAUAUUGGUCUUGAGCUUUCUGUGGAAAGACUAAGUUCCAUGAAGAAGUAUGUUUUUGGGUUGGGUUCUACUCAGGUCCUUGCAACUGCUAUGGUGGUUGGUUUAGUAGCUCAUUUUGUUUCGGGACAAGCGGGUCCUGCUGCCCUUGUCAUAGGCAACGGUUUGGCCCUAUCCUCCACUGCUGUUGUCCUUCAGGUAUUGCAGGAAAGAGGAGAGAGCACAUCACGUCAUGGACGAGCUACAUUCUCUGUGUUACUUUUCCAGGAUUUGGCGGUUGUGGUUCUGCUGAUACUCAUACCUCUCAUUUCACCAAACUCUUCCAAAGGAGGGGUUGGUUUCCAAGCAAUUGCUGAAGCUCUUGGAUUAGCAGGUCUUAAGGCUAUUGUUGCUAUUAGUGCCAUUAUUGCUGGAGGACGCUUGCUUCUUCGCCCGAUAUAUAGGCAAAUUGCAGAGAAUCAAAAUGCAGAAAUAUUCUCUGCGAACACGCUGCUGGUAAUUCUUGGUACAAGCCUCCUUACUGCAAGGGCUGGACUUUCCAUGGCUCUAGGUGCAUUUUUGGCUGGUUUGCUCCUUGCCGAAACUGAAUUUUCCCUGCAGGUGGAAUCAGAUAUUGCUCCAUAUCGUGGCCUUUUAUUAGGUCUUUUCUUCAUGACGGUUGGAAUGUCCAUAGAUCCAAAACUUCUUUUUUCAAACUUUCCAGUUAUUAUGGGGACACUGGGACUGCUUAUUGGCGGAAAAACCAUAUUGGUAGUACUGAUUGGAAGAAUAUUUGGUGUUUCAACUAUAUCUGCAAUAAGAGUUGGCCUUCUGCUUGCUCCAGGAGGGGAAUUUGCAUUUGUUGCUUUUGGUGAAGCUGUUAAUCAGGGUAUCAUGUCAUCUCAGUUGUCCUCUCUUUUGUUUCUUGUCGUGGGAAUCUCAAUGGCACUCACGCCAUGGUUAGCUGCUGGCGGCCAGCUUAUUGCUUCUCGUUUUGAGCAGCAAGAUGUGAGAAGUUUAUUACCUGUUGAGAGUGAGACUGAUGAUUUGCAAGAUCAUAUUAUCAUAUGUGGAUUCGGACGUGUUGGCCAGAUCAUUGCACAGCUUCUUUCUGAGAGACUAAUUCCAUUUGUCGCUCUUGAUGUUAGGAGCGAUAGAGUAGCUGUUGGGCGUGCACUUGAUCUUCCUGUAUACUUUGGAGAUGCUGGUAGUAGAGAGAUCCUCCAUAAAGUUGGUGCUGAAAGAGCUUGUGCUGCAGCAAUAACUUUAGACACUCCUGGGGCAAAUUAUAGAACUGUGUGGGCUUUGAACAAGUAUUUUCCUAACGUCAAGACUUUCGUACGAGCCCAUGAUGUGGAUCAUGGACUUAAUUUGGAAAAGGCUGGUGCAACAGCGGUUGUCCCAGAGACCUUAGAACCAAGUCUCCAGCUAGCAGCUGCAGUUCUUGCACAAGCCAAACUGCCAAUGUCGGAGAUAGCAGCAACAAUCAAUGAAUUUAGGUCCCGCCACCUCUCUGAGCUUACCGAGCUAUGUGAAACUAGUGGAAGUUCUCUUGGUUAUGGAUACUCGCGGAUUAUGACUAAAGCCAAGUCUCAGACUACAGAUCCUUCAGAUAUUAACCAAGUACCUGAAGGAACCGUGGCACUGUAACAGUGAAUAAGAACGCAGAUUAUGAAAACCAAGAACCGUAGAUAAAGACAAAUUAAAAAAAAACCUCAAAGGCUAUAUAACAGAAACUGUAAAUUGUACAGAAAUAUCUAAUAUACCAGCAUAAUACCCGGAAGCAAGACUAAAUUUUCCAUCAAUCCUCUUAGGGCUCAUUCUUUCAAUUAGUAAGUGCUAAUAAGUGUUUCUCACAACUUUUGUCCAGGCAGAAUCUUCUUGUUUAUCGGUGAAGAAUGGAACCUUCUUUCUAUUGUGACUUUGUGAGGUGUCUUGCUUAAAUGAAAUUAUUUGAGCAGGCGUUACUGUUAACUGAUGCCUUUCGGUCA